AUGGCCGCCGACUUGCCAUUGCCAGCAGGGCUGUCUUGGCAACCCUUCUCCGAUGGCAGAGUGCCAGUGAAUGCCGUCAAGGGAGGUUGGUCAUCUGACACGAAUGAGCCCUUCUACGUCGGGCGCAGCGGCCACAAGGGCGACAUCACUCCAGGAAAGGUCCAUCCUGGCCAUGGCUGCCUGUACUUGCCUUCAGGGGCGGAGGAACACAAGCACAAGAGCUACGAGGUCUUGCAAGCCGAUCCUGCGGUAAACUUGCACUGGCUGAGAUACAGCGGGGGUCAUGUGCCUCCUGGAGCAGUUCCAGGGGGAGUUGACCAUGACGCCGGGGGUCCAUCCUACAUUGGUCGGACCGUCAACAAGCACAAAGGCGACACUGUACCGGGCAAGAUCGUUCCGAAGCUCUGCGGCCUCUACUUUGCUUCCGGUGGGAAGGAAUAUUUCAGGUCAGAGUACGAGGUCUUGGUCGUUGAUGACCCAGAUGAGUACGAGCUUAGUGAUGUCAAGUUCGACAUCGCCGGGGCAAAAUCGAGGAAGGACCCCAAUCAGGUGAGCAUCGGCAAGGAGACCUUCACAAAUCGGAGUCCGCUUGAGCAGAGUAGUACCCUCUGCAUCGACUUCCAGGACACGAAGACGGAGAACUGGGGCCAUCAGGUGGGCAUCAAGUUAGGGGUGAAGACCAGCUUCAAGACCGGAAUCCCUUGCAUCGUGGAAGGGAAGGUUGAGGUCAGCGGCGAGUUCAGCUACCAGCACUCCUGGGGCAGCGUCCGCUCCACCUCUUCCAAGCAGGCUGCGCAGGUGAACGUGAAAGCAGGUCCCAAUUCCCAAGUCGUUGCCGAAAUGAGAGCCACAAAGUACCAAAUCGAUGUCAAUUAUUCCGCGACCUUGAAACAUCUCAAGGACGGUAAGAUCACCAAGACGGAGCAGAUCAGCGGCACUUAUAAGGGUGCUCAAUUCGCAGACUUCGACGUCACCGUUUCGAAGCCCACCCCUCUGUAG